AUGCCUGAAGUUAUUGCCAAAUUCUUGAAGGAAGAACUCCACAGAAUCACUGACUUUGUUGAUUGCAUCUGGGAAGUGCUUUCCGGUGAUAGUCGUUGCCGGAGGGAGCUGAUUCGCAAAAUCGAGUCCACACCCAACGUUGCUAUUCCUUUGAGUCCCGUAGCCACACCUGCUUCCAUUGCUGAAGAUGAUCCCGAUAUACGAGGCGUAACGGUUGACCCAGUCACUCCAGCACCAAACACCGACCAGCCCAUUGCGCGAUCGUGGUCGAGUGCUCGUGAAUACAACGAAGCGGCCGCCGACACGGAAGCCGAGAAUAUAGUCCAGCAAGCGUUCACCGCCCCUGCCGCCCACGGCAACUGCCAGCAAGCCAAGGCAGAUAUCGACGCAAGCGUCCACUGUCGAGACUAG